GGACGGUUGGCAACCCUACACAGAAGUCUGCUAGCAACCAAGGCAAUCGCAAGUAUGUUUUUGGUACAACACCAAGAGCCUCAACUGCCAGAAACUAACCAUUAACUGGUUGGAGAAUGACCAUUUUCCCUAGCAUAAGUAGGCACCAGUGGGUUUUAGAACAGUCUCUAAGCAUGUGUGACAGAAGGCUAAGAUAGUAAACAACAUGACUUAGCAUAAAUUAGAUAAAUUACCAUGUUAGCAUGCUGAAGUUUAGCAUUUGACUCAAAGCACCGAACCAAAUAUUUGAUAUCUAUCAAACCCUUCCAGUAUACACACUGUGGUAAAAGUCUUAUACAUAUUUAUAGAAAACUAAUAAUUCAACAUAAUUAUUAGCUUUCUGUGAAUAGCUCGAAUUAGCAUAUAUAGAGCUGCAAAGGGUGCUAAUGUCUCAAAGAAAUACUGUGUCCAAUUAAGGAGAUCAAAAUGAAAAUUAAAUGUCUGAAUAUCAAAGGCAGCUAUAAAUAGACUGUCAUUCAUCCAAUUCACAUCCUACAGCCUUCAAUAAAUCCAUUCACGAAGCUCAUGAGAUACUUAGAUUAGCUAUAUAUGUUGAGGUUGUGCUGCACUUCCCCAGUUUUCAUGGUGUGCUUGCCUGCAUGAUAGCAAAAGAAACAAAUUUGCAAGUAGAGAUUGUCUAAUUUCAUGUGACUCCUAGCAGUAAAAGUGGCCCAGACUAUGCACAUUAAUGUUAUAAUGAGCAAGGUUGUCAGGUCAGCUGAACAAAGGUUGACCAAAUUGAGCAGCAUGCAUGUAUAUUGUAGUAAUGAUUGCCUAAUGAUCUUUCUAUCAACUGCACAAUCCCAAUACUCAUUUCAGUGCUUCAUGAUAUGUGUGCACCACAGCUGGGUAAGUCACAGCCCAGUGGUUUGCCACAAUGGCGGCCAGUCAUUGACGCCAGCCAUGAGCCUGUCAUGCAUUCACACCACGUACCCACGGUCACAAUAGCCUCAUCAGUAGCCUUAUUCAAUCAGUCUUCACAGACUGAGUCGACUCGGGUGCUGCAGACCCAGCCAGCCAUCCACUGAUCUGCAUGACAGCGGCAUCAACAAUCAGAGCGUCACUCCUUAAAUCUCCUUGAAGUGAUCUCUGAUUUCCGUUGAUUGUGUCCUACCAUUAUUCCACUCAGCAUUUUCAAGUAUGUCCAUGUGAUUAGUACAGCGAAUGAAGGGAGAAUGGGACACUGUGACACUGUUUCUACUAAUUACUUUAGCAGCAGUGCACAAAAUAGGUGGACGGAGACAUUGGGCUUAUGUAGGUCAACGAAUAGACAGGAAAUUCAAGAUAUUUACAUAAACAUUUACAUUUCUGUGGCUUCGGAAUAGAAGCUUGAAGGAUAAAGCAAUAAAACACUAAGACACGAUGGUGGUGCAACACUCAUGGCUACCAAUAUCAUGAGAGCGGUAUCGAUUCCUACAUUCCACAUACAAAGAGUCAGACGGGACUUAUCAAUAUCUUUAUCAAUCAGUCAAUCAAACCUAAUGAAUUCUUGCUUGUCCUUCAGGCCAGCAUAUCAUGAGCAGAGGUUUGAGGCCACACAAAUGUUUAUGGCUGCUUUUAAAGCAGCAUGCUCUAGAAAAGGCAUAAAAGGGAGAAAUUGAGCCCAAUCUUUAUGAACAUUUAUGCUUCAGUUUUCUUUGUAAUGUGACGUCAAAGUCACUAAAGUUGUAUAAUGUUAAAGAAAACUUGCUCUAACCAAACUUUUAAGUGUUUAUUGUGAUUAUCCAAUCACUACUAUGCUUUGAUAUACUGCACAAUAUUCAUUAUUUCUGCAUAACACCAAAAUAAAUGAAUAAAUCACAAUGCAGUGAUAUCUGUAAUAUUCCAGAGUUUAAUGAGUGGGUUAGAGCAGACAAAGCUGAAUGACUUGCUUGCAAGUGGCACUUCAUUUUCAACAACAUAAUUGUUCUCAACCCUUGCACUGCUCUGAAUCCCAACACAUUUCACAAAUGAUCUGCCUGUAAAGGACUGAAGACAUGUCUGAAAGCAGCUUCUUUCAUUUCAGGAGAUAUCUCUUAAAGAUGUUUCCACGAUCAGGGAAAUCGAUUGUCUUUGACAACUUUCCAGAUCCGACCGACACCUGGGAAAUCAUCGAGACAAUUGGUAAAGGGACCUAUGGAAAAGUCUAUAAGGUGCUUAAUAAAAUAGAUGGAAGUAAAGCAGCUGUGAAGAUACUGGAUCCGAUCCAUGAUAUCGAUGAGGAAAUUGAAGCUGAAUACAACAUCCUCAAAGCUCUUUCUGACCAUGCCAAUGUGGUCAAGUUUUACGGGAUGUAUUACAAGAAGGACAUCAAAUGUGGGGAUCAGCUGUGGCUCGUACUAGAGCUCUGCAAUGGUGGCUCUGUGACAGAUCUGGCCAAGGGCAUGCUGAAGAGAGGAGACCGAAUGGAUGAAUCCAUUAUUGCCUACAUCUUGCACGAGUCCCUCAUGGGCCUCCAACACCUGCACAUCAACAAGACCAUCCACCGUGACGUCAAAGGCAACAACAUCCUAUUGACGACGCAGGGAGGGAUCAAGCUCGUGGACUUUGGCGUUUCAGCCCAGCUGACAAAUACCCGUCUGAGGAGGAACACCUCAGUGGGAACCCCCUUCUGGAUGGCUCCCGAGGUAAUAGCAUGUGAGCAGCAGUUGGACUCCACCUACGACGCCCGUUGUGAUGUCUGGUCCCUGGGCAUCACAGCUAUAGAGCUAGGAGAUGGAGACCCGCCCCUCUCUGACCUUCACCCAAUGAGAGCCCUUUUUAAAAUACCCAGAAACCCGCCGCCUACUCUCCACCAGCCGGAGCUCUGGUCAGAUGAGUUUAAUGACUUCAUCUGCAAAUGUCUGAUUAAGGACUUUGAGCUGAGACCGAAUGUGCAAGACCUGCUCCAGCAUGUGUUCAUCAAACAGACUGUCGGCAGAGAGAAAAUCCUGCAAAAACAAUUGAUUGAGCUCAUUGAUCUCAACCAGCAAAUUGGAGUGAUUGAAAAAACAAGCCAUCAUGGAAAGACAGACAGAAGCUCAGACAGUAAUGACAGGCAUGAGCGUAUUCAUACCAAAAAAGGAAGCCACAUGAAGACACAGGACGCAGACGAGGUGGAUGACCUCGCCACCCUUGAGGUUCUAGAUGAGAACACUGUCGCAGAUCAGCUUCAGAAUCGCUAUGGAAAAGAUCAAAUUUACACAUAUGUGGGCGACACCCUCAUUGCAGUCAAUCCUUUCCAUACAAUGGAGAUAUACACGCCUGAGCACACUAAGAUGUACAUAGGAGCUAAGCGUACAGCUAACCCACCACACAUCUUCGCUGUGGCUGAUACUGCCUACCAAUCUAUGGUUUCAUACAAUGCUGAUCAGUGUAUUGUGAUCAGUGGGGAAAGUGGAGCAGGGAAAACAGAGAGUGCUCAUCUGCUGGUGCAGCAGCUAACGGUUCUCGGGAAGGCCAAUAAUAGGACACUCCAGGAGAAGAUCCUGCUGGUCAACAGCUUGGUGGAGGCAUUUGGAAAUGCCUGCACUGUCAUCAAUGACAACUCCAGCCGCUUUGGCAAGUACCUGGAAAUGAAGUUCAACGGUGGUGGAACAGUGGUCGGAGCACAGAUAUCCGAGUAUCUGCUGGAAAAAUCCAGAGUUGUCCACCAGGCGAUGGGGGAGAGGAACUUCCACAUCUUUUACUACAUUUAUGCUGGUCUGGCUGACAGGAAGAAGCUAGCCCACUACAAGCUCUCUGACAGCAAAACACCUAAGUAUCUGUACCACGAGAACAUUAAACUUGGGCCUGACAUAGUGAACAACGCUUCCUACAAGGAGCAGUUUGAUGCAGUCGAGCAGUGUUUCAAAGUCAUUGGAUUCACCCUGGAGGAGCUCGGAAAUGUUUACAGCACACUGGCUGCCAUCCUCAACUCUGGGGACAUUGAGUUUUCUCCAGUUGCCUCAGAGCACCAAACAGACAAGAGCAACAUCUGCAAUAUGUCUGUCUUGGAGAACGUGGCAUCUCUGCUUCGUAUCCGCUCAGACGAGCUGCAGGAAGCCCUGACCUCCCACUGUGUUGUGGCCCGCGGAGAGACGAUCGUCAGACCCAACACAGUGGAAAAAGCAGUGGAGGUGAGGGACGCCAUGGGUAAAGCUCUCUACAGCCGCCUCUUCAGCUGGAUUGUCAACCGAAUCAACGCGCUGCUGCGGCCUGACAGCCAAGGAGAGGACGACAAGGGCCUUAACAUCGGCAUCUUGGACAUAUUUGGUUUUGAAAACUUCAAGAAGAACUCUUUCGAGCAGCUCUGCAUCAACAUUGCCAACGAGCAGAUCCAGUUUUACUUCAACCAGCACAUCUUUGCGUGGGAACAGGAUGAGUACCUGAAUGAAGAAGUUGAUGCUCGGAUGAUCGAGUACGAGGACAACCGGCCACUCCUGGACCUGUUCUUGCAGAAGCCCAUGGGGAUGCUGUCACUUCUGGAUGAAGAGAGCCGCUUCCCGCAGGCCACUGACCAGACACUCGUAGAGAAAUUUGAAGGUAAUCUCAAGACAAAAAGCUUCUGGAGGCCAAUGAGGGUUGACCUGGGCUUUGGGAUUCACCACUAUGCUGGAAAGGUGAUUUACAAUGCCACGGGCUUCUUGGCCAAGAACAGAGAAACCCUUCCAGCUGACAUUAUCCUGCUGCUGAGGUCGUCGGAGAAUGAGCUCAUUCGCAAGCUUGUCACUCACCCCCUCACCAGAACAGGCAACCUUGCCCACACCAAGGGUAAAGGCAUAAACACAAUACGGAGCCCACGGACCCCGACACGCACCAUCACCCUCGCCAAGAUGGGAGUGCUAAGUUUAUACAGUUCUUUUUCUUUUAGCGAGCGUUCUCUGGAAUUAAAGCCUGCAAAAAAAAUCUUGCUUGAUCCAGGUGAAUCUGGAGACACGCCUUACCACCCUAGAGAAACCACCAACAUGAGAACACAGACAGUGGCCUCCUACUUCAGAUACUCUUUGAUGGACCUUCUGUCCAAGAUGGUGGCAGGUCAGCCUCACUUUGUGCGCUGCAUCAAGCCCAACAACGAUCGCCAUGCCAACAAGUUUGACCGUGAAAAGGUUCUGGUCCAGCUUCGAUACACUGGUGUUCUGGAGACUGCCAAGAUCAGACGCCAGGGUUACUCUCACCGCAUCCUGUUUGCUAACUUCAUUAAGAGGUACUACUUAUUGGCUUACCAUGCUAACGAGGAGCCCGCUGCAACCCCAGAAACAUGUGCUGCAAUACUGGAGAAGGCCAAGCUGGAAAACUGGGCUAUGGGAAAGACGAAGGUGUUUCUCAAGUAUUACCACGUUGAACAUCUGAAUCUGAUGGUACAGCAGACAACACAGCGAAUCAUCCUGGUCCAGGCUUGUGUUCGAGGCUGGCUUGGAGCCAAGCGGUACCGGCGGAUAUUAAAAGAGCGAGAACAAAGUGCCCUGGUGCUGCAGUCAGCAUACAGAGGCCAUCAAGCUCGGAAGAGGGUAGCUGAUGAGAAAAGCAAAGCAAAGUUGGAGGCCUUCAUCAUCCAGUUUCAGGCUGUUUGCCGAGGCUAUCUCGCAAAAAAGAGGUACAAAGAGAUGGUAGAUGAGAAGAAUAAAGCAGCAACCAAGAUUCAGGCUCGCUACAGAGGGCAUAAAGAAAGGAAGAGCUUUAAAAGAAAGCUGGAAGCCAGAGAGAAAGAGAAAGCAGAGACUGCUUCGAAAGAAAAUGAGGAACAGAUAGCAAAACCAGAAAAUGAUGCAGAGAACGAGGAGGAGGAAACUAAAGCUGCAGUGGUUCUUCAAAGCAACUAUAGGGGCUACAAAGAGAGAAAAAAGUUUAAGGAGAGAAAAAAGACGAUGGCUGGAGCAGAGCUGGAAUUGCCAAAUGCAACAGCGGAAGAGGGACAGGAAAAAGAUGUCCAAGAGUUGGCUAACAAAGAAGGAGUAGGUGAAAAGUCAGCUGAUAAACAAGAGGAGAAUGAGGAAGAUGAAGAAAGUACUUAUGAAGCAGAGGAGAAUGAUGACAGUGAUAAUACUCAGGUGCCAGAAGAUGAGCACACAGAAGUGGCAGAGGAAGCAGUGAUUCAGGAUGCUGAGCCUAAAAAAGAAGAGCAGGAGGAUGGUGGACAGAAAAAAACUGCAGGUGAGGAAGCUGCUGAUUUAGAAGAGGAAACCAAGGCGGCCACUGUUCUCCAGAGUAACUUCAGGGGCUACAAAGAGCGGAAGAAACUAGAGGAAGAAGGCAAAAUCCCAGCUAAGAAACAGAAAGCAAAAAGUCCUGCAGGGGACGAAGUGCUGGAAAAGGAACCAGGUAGUGACGAGGCAGAAAAAGAAGCCUCGACAACAGCUGAAAAUGCAGAUGAGACCAAAGCGGCUGUAGUGCUUCAGAGCAAUUUCAGAGGCCACAAGGAGCGCAAACGACUCGAAGAGGAGGGAAAGCUCCCCAAGAAAAGGCAGAAGGAGAAAGAUGUUCCAUCAGAGCCUCCAAAGGAGGAAGAGACAGAGGAAUCUCUUCCAGAACCCCAGGAGAACAUUUCUAGUGAGAACCGAGAAGGGCUGGAUGAAGAGAAAGCAGCUACUGUCAUCCAGAGUAACUUCCGAGGCCACCGGGACCGAAAGAAAAUGAAAGCUGAGAGGGAAGUGCAAUUGAAAGCUAAGGAGGAAUCUGGGACUCCCACUGAUGCAGAACAGGAGGAGGCUGUGGACAUCACUGAUGUGGUAAUUGAACGUAAAGAUGAGACAGACGUUGAAAACCAAAGACUGGAGGAAGAACACGCUGCAGUGAAGAUCCAGAGUAACUUCAGAGGGUACAAGGACAGGAAGAACCUGAAGGCCAACAAGGAAGCUGCACAGAAAGAGACAAGAAGGCUGGAGAGCUUCUCCAGACAGAUCGCAAAGACGUCUGAGGACUUUCUGACUCUGCAGCAGAAGCUAAAUGAGAUCAUCCAGGCCCAUCAAUCAGACCCUGAGAACAAUGGCAUGUUGUUUGUGAGAGGAAACGCAAUCAAUGGUAGCUUCACUCCCCAGCGUCGCCAUUCAACUGACAAAAGAUUGUCGAGAACCCCCCGCAGGAACCAGCAGCCAAAGACCCUGAAUACACCAGAGGACUCCACCUAUUACAACCUGAUUCAUCGGUCUGUCCAAGAUGAUAAACGCAAACCCAGGAAAGAGGGCUCAGGGAAACUGUUGGAUGUGGAUGACCACUACUACCCAGCCCUCUCUACCAGCCGUUCUGAACCCUCCAUGUCCAAAGAGAACACAUCAUCCAUGCCUGAGAGGAAGCAAUCUAUAGGGAGGAGGCAGUCAAUGGAAAGGAGGCGGUCCGUAGAGAGGAAGCAGUCCAUGGACAGGAGACGAUCUAUGGAUAGAAGGCAGUUUGGGGACAGGAGGCAGUCUGUAGAGCAGAGACUGACUGCUCCCAGUCGACAGAUCCGAGAGAGGGCCGCCACUGAACCAGAGCGUCCCAAAUCUGCCAAAGAAAACAGACGCUCUGUUCCCAGAAUGGCCUCCACAGAGAGCCGGACUGAAGAGAAUCCAUACGACUUCAGACAUCUACUGAGGAAGACCUCGCAGAGACAAAGGCUGAUCAAACAUUACUGAAUACAGGAAGUGACUUUUGGCUAUUCGGGACUUGAUCAGUCGGGAUCGCUGAUCGCACCAUGUGGCAGUUUGUUCUGGUGUCCUGCUAACCACAGCACAUGUUUCAUUUAUUUUAUUGAUCUUCAGACACAUUGUACAACAGUUUGGGUAGGAAAUGAAACUCCUCUGGACUUAACUGGACAGACUGUAUUGAUUUCCAUGCAUACAGUGAACACAGAGUACAGUCAAUGUAAAUAACAAGAUGUCAUACUUUUAAACUUGCUGUAAAAUAAGGUUUUAUUUAUGAGACCAACAGUUUAGUUACUGGUAUUCUGUAUUUCCAAUGUUUUUUCUUCGAUAUCUUUAUUUUCUUUCAAAAAAUUUGCAGGUUGUGCUCUUAAAACUUUGCAUUUCAAGUCAUUCUGAAGACUAAUCAGCUUCAUAUUGUGAAGAAUGUACAUUAUUUUAUCUGCUCAAAUGUUCAGUUUGUUCAAUUAAACAAAAAAAUA